AUGCUGUACGUGGGUGUAGCCCUCGGCGUAGCCCUUGGCGGCCAUGUUGACCUUCCUGUCGGGGCCGAGGUUGACGGGGACCUCGGUGUCGGCGUUGGCGGCGAUGAGGGCAGCGUCGGCACCCUCGACGGCAGCCUUGGCCUGGGCGAUGAGGGCCUCGAAGGCGGGGAAGGAGUUGGUGUCGUCGCGGGAGUAGACGGGGGUUCGGCGCCGGAGGAGCGGGCGACGAACUUGGCGGCGGCGUCGCAGACGAUGUAG